AUGCCGGUCGCGGACUGGGCCGCUACGAUAAACGUUCAAGAAGAAGAGCAGAGUAUGAUUGAGUUGCUGAACUUCAUUGAGGCUCAAUGUCCAAACCUCAAGAGGUUGAGCCUUUUAUCAUAUCAUUGUGAGUAUUCCGGACUUGCUACUACCAAUAGUCGACUUCUUGACAUCAAUAACGAUCUGUUGAAGCUAGACCUCAAGGAUGGACGUGGAGAUCAGGCUCCGAAUAGUGCGAAGUCUUUUCCGUAUGAUAGAUUAGCGGCUUUGUUGAAAGAGCGAAACAAUAUUGAUCGCAAGACUCAGAUACACUACGAAAAGAUGGUGAAACAAGAAAACAAGGAUUCUAUCUCAUACUGGAAGGGAGUUGAGGUAGUCAACUGUUUACUUUGUCGGUUGAGACAUCUUCAUGGUUAUCCGGACGUCUUUAUUCCAAUACUCAAAAGUUCUGUGCCCUACAAUGAUGAUGGAACUCUAGCUACCCUACCAGAGGAUACAACCGAUAGUGCAGUAGAGCUCGGGAACAAACUCAGUUUGAUAAAUUCCAGCAAUGAGAUGCCAGGCAGAAUCGAAGACAGGAUUCAUUAA